CAGGCACCCGGCGUUCGCCAGAGCUGAGGGGAGCGCGCCCACGGGCGCGGGAGGAGUCACUGUCCGUCCGGCCGGCCGUCCACCCGCCCGCCCGCUUCAGUUUUCAGGUUUUCUGUGUGCAUUUAAUCAACAACGAAAAAACUGUGAGCCCAGCGUCGAGGGCGGCCCGCGAAGGAGCUGCGAGGGCGCCGGCCUUGGAUGCACCGUCCGAACCAGAGGGGAGCCCGGGGCGGCCGGGGCAGUCCCCGCGGGGGGCCGGCUGACGAGGCACGUUCGCUCCCGCACAGGACGGAGGACAGGCCUUCCGGGAAGAGGCGCGGAGGCCGGACCGCCACGGAGCACAUGGACCACCCGUCUCCUGCCGGGAAAGGUCCGGGCCUCUGCUCGCUGCGCUUCGGCCUGGCCCUGCUGCUGCUCUUCUGCAACGUGGCCUUGCUGUGCCAGCGCUCCUGCCUCAGCCUCACGAUGGUCGCCAUGGUGAACAGCUCGGCGCUGCAGGGCGUGCCCAACGCCUCCGCCGCGGAGCCCCUGGACGGCGUCAAGAGUCCUGUGUACAACUGGAGCCCCCAAACCCAGGGCAUCAUCUUGAGCGCCAUCAUGUACGGCAUGCCCGUCACCCAAAUCCCCAUGGGCUACCUCUCCGGGGUGUACCCCAUAAAGGUGGUGACUGGCGUGGCGCUGCUCCUGAGCUCCGUCUGCAGCCUGCUGGUUCCGCUGGCCGCGGAAGGCGGAGAGUCCUUGCUCAUCGCCUGCCGGGUCGUCCAGGGGCUCAGCCAGGGGACGGUGAUGGUGACUCAGUACACCGUGUGGGUCAGGUGGGCCCCUCCUUCGGAACAAAGCCGCCUCACCUCUGUGAGCCUCUCAGGGAACCUGCUGGGCCCCUGCCUCUCCCUGCUGGUCACCGGCUUCAUCUCCCAGGCCCUGGGCUGGCCGAUGGUCUUCUACAUAUUCGGCGCUGGUGGCUGCGCCCUCAGCCUGCUGUGGUUCGUCCUGUUUUACGACGACCCAGAGCAGCACCCGUGCAUCAGCCUCAGCGAGAAGGAGUUCAUGGCGUCCUCCGUCGUGCAGGUCAGCUCCGGCGGGAAGUCGGUGCCCAUCAAGGCCAUGCUCAAGUCCCUUCCAGUCUGGGCCAUUUCCCUCUGCUGUUUUGCUUUCUCCUGGACAAACACCAUCAUGUUCAUGUACAUGCCAACAUUCCUCAGAGCCAAGCUCCGCAUUGACAUGAGGGAGAACGGACUGCUGUCGGCCCUGCCCUACCUGCUGUGUUGGGUCCUCGGGAUCCUGGCGGGGUACUUGGCCGACUUCUUCCUGGCCAGGAAGAUUCUCAGCUUGAUCGCCAUCCGGAAGCUCUUCACCACUCUGGGGCUCCUCCUGCCGGCCCUCUUCAGCGUGAGCCUGCUCCACCCCGGCGCCAGCCCCGUCAGCGUCGUCACCUGCCUGACGCUCGCGAGCGCCACGGCCGGCUUCUGCGUGGCCGGCGUGAUCAUCAACCCCUUGGAUAUCGCCCCCAGAUAUUAUGGAUUUCUUAAAGGAGUCACAAUGCUAAUUGGAAUGACAGGAGGCCUGAUUUCUUCCACUCUGACGGGAAUAAUCCUUAACCAGGACCCGGAGUCGUCCUGGUUUAAAAUCUUCCUGCUGAUGGCAGCCAUCAACGUGGCCACCCUGAUUUUCUACCUCGUGUUCACUAAGGCGGACGUUCAGGACUGGGCUAAGGAGCGGCAACAAACUCGCCUCUGAAGGAGGGGCCCUGCACCUCACGCAACCCACCUGGAGACCGCCUGCUGGGAAGGUCGCCCGCACGCCGUUCUCUGCAGCGUCACUGGGAAGGUCGCCUGCACGCCGUUCUCUGCAGCGUCACUGGGACGGCGCUUCCCCGGGGCCUCUCAAGAAUCCCUGUGCAGCCAGGCGCGAGGGGACCGGCUCCGAGAGGCGGGCUUCCCACUGAGACAGGACCCGUCCACCUGCACGGCCCAGCACACCUGUCCCCGACCUCCUGCUCUGUGUGGCCAGGAAGGGGAACUGCUGACAUCUCCAAGUAGCCUGUCUCCGCCCACACAUCCAGCUUGGCCACUGACCACCUCAAAGACUGACCAGUCCCACGCGCAAGCCUCCUACUUCAUACCUGUCACAGCGAUCUAGUUCUGGGACUACUGGUCACUCUGACAGUGCCACACUGAUCACUUCCCUGUGCACUUUAGAUCAACUUAAGUCACUAAGUGUUGUAACCUAGAAAACAUUAGGAAUUUAUACAUACACAUACUGAUACCCUUGCCAGGCAUGAAAGAUAAUUCCUUAAUGCAAAUUUUACAGUCCCUUCCAAGUGCUGGAAGUCAAACAUGUUGUAUGAGCAGCCCUAACCCUCGUACCAGCCAGGAUGUCAGUGAGUUACUGGGACACCCUACUUCCAACUUGUUUUACAUUCCUACCCGUACUCUCAGUGAGAGUCAAAACCCCCACACCGCUGGCAGGGGAGCUCCUGUGGCCCCUCCCACCAACCCACGCCCCUGUUCGCAGGAACUCAGGUCUUCCGUCAAAGCCGCCGUUGAAAAUUAAAAAGUUUUUCUGGAGCUGUUAACUUUACUGACACAGAUCCACAAUCACAGGGUUGUUCCAGUUUUCAUUUUGACCCGUGGCUCGAAUGAGUCAGAAUAAAAAUUAGUUAACGAC